AUGGAGCCGGACGUUUCAGCGCCGGCCGGCAUGUUUACCGUCCAGCAGACGCCGUCCACCGUGCUGUGCUGCCUGUGCGGCACGGCCAUGCCGCCCAACCCGACCGGCAUGUGCCCCGGCUGCAUCCGCACGCACGUUGACAUCACCGAGGGCCUCCCGCGCCGCCUGUCGGUGAUGCGCUGCCCGCCGCCGUGCGGACGGUUCCUCGCGCCGCCGCGCGCGUGGAUCCGUGCGGAGCUCGAAUCGAAGGAGCUCCUCACGUUCUGCCUCAAGCGCAUGAAGAAUCUCAACAAGGUGAAGCUGGUGGACGCGUCCUUCAUCUGGACUGAGCCACACUCCAAGCGAAUCAAAAUCAAGGUGACCAUUCAAAAAGAGGUUCUGUCGGGGGCGGUGCUGCAACAAACCUUUGUGACGGAAUACGUGGUGGAGGAUCACAUGUGCGACGCAUGCACGCGGUCAGCAGCCAACCCCGACCAGUGGGUGGCGGUGGUGCAGCUAAGGCAGAAGGCGGAGCACAAGCGCACGUUUCUGUUCCUGGAGCAGCUUAUACUGAAGCAUGGCGCUGAUGCCAACACCAUCAAUAUCCGCCAGGUGCAUGACGGCAUUGACUUCUACUACUCCAACCGCUCGCAUGCGCAGAAGUUUGUGGAUUUCGUGUCGGCCGUGGUGCCAGCUCAGCACCGCAGCGACAAGCAGCUGGUGUCUCAUGACAUCCACACGGCGUCUUACAACUACAAGUACACCUUUUCCGUCGAGAUCUGCCCCGUCUGCAAGGAGGAUCUCAUCUGCUUGCCUCCAAAGGCUGCCAACGCGUGUGGGACAGCCGCCAACCCCCUAGUGCUCUGCAUCAGAGUCUCCAACUCGCUCCAACUCCUCGACCCCUCCACCCUGCACGGCAUCUACCUCGACUCGAACCAGUACUGGCGCUAUGGCUUCAAACCCCUGCUCUCCUCGCGACAGCUCGUGGAAUAUGUCGUGCUAGACGUUGAGGUUGUGGGCGGGGGAGGGGGAUGGGGGGGCGGAGGGGGCGGGGGAGGGGGAGGGGGAGUGGGAGGGGGAGGGGGAGGGGGAGCGUGGGGAGGAGGGGGAGCAGGGGGGGCGCCGCACAAGGCGGGGGGAGGGGCGUUGGGGAGGUUUGUGCUGGCAGACGUGCAGGUGGCGCGGGUGGCGGAUUUUGGGAAGAACGACGUGAUGUUCACCACGCGGACUCACCUGGGGCACUUGUUGAGGCCGGGGGAUUACGCCAUGGGAUAUGACUUGCAUGGGGCGAACCUUAACAGUGACGACCUCGCGAGGUACAGCAACAGGGCAACGCUCCCUGAUGUAAUCCUCGUGCGCAAGAGCUACGAGGAGAAGCGCAAGAAGCGGCGCGGCAAGCCGCGUGCAUGGAAGCUGAAACAGCUCGACAUGGAAGUGGACGGGGGCGCUGGGGGGGGAGCAGAGCGAGGAGGGGGAGGAGGAGCGAGGGCACGGAUCGAUGAAGAGAGGGAGGCGGCGGAUAAGGAGAGGUUUCUGGAGGAAUUGGAGGAGGAUCCUGAUAUGCGGUCAAGGAUUGCGGUUUACCGGGAUCCGAGCUAUGUGCCGGCGCAAGGGGGAGGAGUGGGAGGAGGAGUGGGAGGAGGAUUGGGAGGAGGGGAUGAGAUGGUGGAUGGGGAAGAGGAGGAGGAUGGGGAGGAGGUUCCGGAGAUUCCGCUGGAAGAGCUGCUGUCGGAUUUGAGGAUUGAUGGUGGUGAUGGGGAGGAGGAGGGGGAGGUGGAUGAGGAUGAGGAUGAUGCUAUGGAGACAUAA